AUGGACUCAAGAUACAGGCAUAAAAAAUACAGAAUUGAAAGAGAAGUACUGGAUGAGCAGGGUUUGGAAGCGUUAGCACAGAGAAAACCUUACGCUGAGACUCAACCGUCUAUAAUUAACCAACUUAAGGAUUCCAUGAGGUGUAAUGCAGCUAAACUUAAACAUGGUGUUUUGAGCACUUUCCCUGUGUUUUAUUGGCUGCCCAAAUAUUCGGUCUGGGACUAUGGUAUGCCAGAUCUCAUUUCCGGUAUCAGUGUUGGAAUAAUGCACCUGCCACAAGGUAUGGCAUAUGCAUUACUGGCCUCACUCCCUCCUGUAUUUGGCCUCUACAGUUCCCUUUAUCCAGCAUUAAUUUACUUCUUUUUCGGAACGUCCCGUCAUAUUUCAAUAGGUACAUUUGCUGUGCUCAGCCUAAUGGUGGGCUCUGUGACUGAGAGGCUUUCUCCAGAUGCUGAUUUCCUGAAAAUGAAUGGAACCAAUGUUACAAUAGAGGUGGACAUAGCUGCUCGUGAUUCGUACAGGGUGCAGGUGGCUGCUGCUACCACCGUUCUGGGAGGACUUAUUCAAGUUUUGCUGGGUUUGGUCAAAUUUGGUUUUGUAGGAAUGUACUUAUCUGAACCUUUGGUGCGGGCAUACACAACAGCUGCAGCAGUCCAUGCUGUUGUGGCGCAACUGAAGUACAUCUUUGGAGUGUCACCAGAACGAUUUAAUGGCCCUUUGUCACUGGUGUAUACUCUAAAAGAGGUUUGCUUCUUGCUGCCACAAACGCAUCUCCCUACUCUCGCUGUCAGUGUUGUGUCGAUGGUGUUGCUGAUUGCGGCAAAGGAGCUCAAUUCCUUCCUGAGCCCAAGGCUGCCAGUUCCUAUCCCAGUGGAGCUCAUCACAAUUAUAGCAGCAACUCUGGUCUCAAACUAUGGAUACCUGAAUAGAAAGUACACUAUUUCAGUUGUUGGAGAAAUCCCAAGUGGUUUAAGUUCUCCAAUUAUACCAGAUGUGAACAUUUUUAGUCACGUCAUUGGAGAUGCUUUUGCUCUGGCUCUAGUAGCCUAUGCCAUAUCAGUUUCACUCGGAAAAACAUUUGCACUGAAGCACGGAUACCAAGUGGACAGCAACCAGGAGCUGGUGGCACUGGGUCUCAGCAAUACAGUUGGGGGUUUCUUCCAAUGCUAUGCUGUAUGUGCAUCCAUGUCUCGAAGUCUCAUUCAGGAGAGUACUGGUGGAAAAACACAAAUGGCUGGAAUAGCAUCCGCUUUAAUUGUCUUGGUUGCAAUUCUAAAACUUGGUCCACUUUUUCAAGAACUACCAAAGGCAGUCCUGGCCGCUAUUGUCUUUGUGAACCUGAAGGGUAUGUUCAAACAAUACUCAGACAUUAUUCUUCUAUGGAGGAGCAACAAGACUGAUUUGAUGUUGUGGCUGGUCACGUGGGUAUCUACGCUGCUCCUCAAUCUAGAUGUUGGCCUUGCAGCUUCCGUUAUGUUUGCUCUCCUGACUGUUAUCUUCAGAACCCAGCGUGCAGUAUACUCAAUUCUGGGAAACAUUGAAGGUUCAGAGCUGUAUGUAGACAUAGAGACACACAAAGAGGCAAGAGAAAUUCCAGGCAUUACAAUAUUUCGCUCUUCAUCCACAGUGUAUUUUGCUAAUGCCGAACUGUACCUAGAGGCCCUGAAAGAAAAGAGUGGACUUGAUGUCAAUAAAAUUAUUACCUAUAAGAAGAGACAAGAGGCCAAGAAGAAACGCAUGAAAAAGAGAGAUGAGAGACAUGCAAAAAGACUAGCCAAGAAAGAGCAUAAUGACCAGACAGCAGUGUUCUCUGUGGAGGUAGAGGACAAAACCCGGAGAAACACAAGCAUGGUGAUGAAUGGCACAGAAAAGGAAGAGCAGAACUGGACCGACAGAGAAAAUGGCACAGUCUUUGUAAAACCCAAUGCAACAGAUGGUCAGUGUAGGUGGGAGUGCUUAAAGGGAGGGGAUCCAGACAACAUAAGUUUAGAAUGGAUGCCUGAGCAGAUUGAUGGAGACGCCACAACCCUCAGCUCCAAAAGUGAAGACACCCUUAGUCGUGAUAUGGAGCGUCUCUCUCUCGGGUCACUUGGCAAAUGGACAUGGGACAUUCACUCUAUUAUUCUGGACCUCUCCACAGCUAACUUCAUUGACACAGUGACUAUAAAGACCAUGAAAAAUAUUUUUCAAGACUUCAGUGAAAUUGAUAUUGAUGUUUACAUAGCAGGUUGUCAGGCUUCUGUCGUCCAACAGCUGGAACUUGGCGAUUUCUUCUCUGAAUCAAUUACAAAGAAACAUCUGUUCGCCUCUGUCCAUGAUGCUGUGCUUCACUGCCUUGACCAUCGCAGAUACGACUCAUUAGUUAACAUGGACAACAACACCAAGCUUUAG